AUGUCAUUCCGCCCGACACCGUUUCGCCGACUUCGCUUGCCAACCCCGCCAGACGUCGCCAUCGUCGCCAAUUUUAGCGAUGACCUCGCCGAAUUCCCAAAUGGCGCCCAUCUCGCCAAGUACAUUCUCAUUUUCGCCCCGACGUGGCACAUUUGGGCCGAUCUGCGAGAGAUCAUGAAUUCAUACUAUACGGAUGACUUGCUGCAGCGACUGGUCAUUCUUUGGGUCAUGGCGCUCUUGGUCCUCUACGCCAACAACGCGAGGGAAGCAAAUGUCGACAUCAACGCCAUGCGAACAACCGCUGGCGCGUACUUGGUCGCUCGCUUUUCCACCAUGUGUGUAUUCCUCAUAAGCUCCUUCGCCAGCUACCAGCAUCGCACGCAGGCCCGCAUCCUCGCGGGCUUCAUGUUUAUCGGCCUUUUCAUCACCGUACCGCUCUUCUUUGAAUCCGUAAGCAUCCGUGGCAAAGCUGCAGUCGUGGCCGUCAUGAUUGUCUACCAGGAAGCGACAUGGUCCAUCACCCUUAGCCCUUGGAUCAAGCAUCGCCUCAGGCUCAAAUACAGCACUGCCGUUGACAUUGCCCACGAAAUUGACCGCAUGGCCGCCUUCUUCAUCAUCAUUCUCGGCGAGUUCAUGUACAGCGUCAUUGUCGGCGAUCCGGCCGGCAUCGGUCUGACAGCGGGCUACGCAAAAGCCGUGUGCACCCUCAUCAUCGCCUUUUGCAUCAACUGGAUCUAUGUCAGCGGUGACGGGAGUAUACAGGCCACACAUCCAAUUCGCCGCUCUGCUUGGACGGCCUUUGGCUUCUUUCUGCUGCACCUGCCGCUGUCGGCGUCGUUUCUAAUCGGCGGACACAUUUGCGCAAUUAGCACGAGGUUGCACGAAUUCGAACAAGGUCAGCGCUGGCUGCUCGGUGGUGGGCUAAGCGUGGGCACGUUCUGUCUUUGGAUCUACGCGCAGCUGUAUCGUACAGAUGGAGAGGACUGUCUGAUCCUGCCCAAGCAGCUACGCGUGGGCAUGCGCUUGGUUAUAGCUGUGAUUCUGGCCGUUCUUCCAGAGACGCACGACCACUUGACGACCACGGAGUUCAUGGCGGUCGUCAUGUCCUUAUUUGCGUUGUUGAUCUUUUGGGAGACAAUUGGUGGGUUGAUGAAGGGUGCUCGUCUUUUUGAGCCGUGGACAAACAGGCAUGCACCGGCGGAAGGAGACUCCAGCGAGGCACUAACCUAA